AUGUUGAGCAUUAUUCCUCAAGAAAAUUCCAAAGCCAAGUACAGUGGAAAAAGCUUUGAUGCUUACAAAACAAAAGACUAUGAUUUUCACCUUCUCAAUGGCAGCUCAGUCAAGGUUCCCUUUAUGACUAGCAAGAAGAAGCAGUUUAUUAGAGCUUUUGAUGGUUUUAAAGUUCUUGGUCUUCCUUAUAAGCAAGGCGAAGAUAAGCGUCGUUUCACUAUGUACUUUUUUCUUCCAAAUGCAAAAGAUGGGCUUCCAAGUUUGGUUGAAAAGGUGGCUUCUGAAUUUGAUUUACUACAACACAAGCUUCCUUUUGAUAAAGUGGAAGUAGGUGACUUUAGGAUUCCAAAGUUCAAUAUUUCAUUUGGACUUGAAACUUCUGUUAUGCUAAAGGAGCUAGGUGUGGUUUUACCUUUCUCUGGUGGAGGUCUGACAAAGAUGGUGAACUCUAAUCAAAAACUUUGCACUGAAGCUGCUGCGAUAAGUGUUUUAUUUAUGCAGGCACAAUGUAUGCGUCGUCCAGCUCGAAUGGAUUUUGUAGCUGAUCACCCAUUCUUAUAUCUAAUUAGAGAUGAUUUGGCUGGAACAAUCAUCUUUGUUGGACAUGUGCUUAAUCAUCUUGAUGGGUGA